AGGAGCAGCAACUGGCUGUGGUUGAGACGGAAAGAUUCUGGCUGGGGACAGGUAAGUAAGCUGGGCUGAGUUGAGUGGGGGACGGAGGGGGGUGAUGCUGGGACGCCAGAAUCACCGUCGAGCCCUCUUGAGGUGUCGUGGGCUAGUCGACGAAACACUGAGGAUGGAAGGUGCCCACUUGAAAACCCCAGAGAUGUACCCUACUUAGCUCAAUCCAGACGGUUGUCAUGCUGAUGCGCUGGGGAGGCCGCACUUUGGUUGAUCCCCGGAGCCAGCAUCGCAGCCGUUGUGUGUGCUGAUGCGCCAGGGAGGCAAAAUAAGCUGAUCCCUGGAGCCAGCAUUACACUUCAGCCAUUAACACCAGACAGAAGGAUAUCUACAUCAUCAUAUGGAAGGAAACGUAAAUGGAUGGAGACGCAUAUGGAUCACAUUAGUUUACUGUAAAGCUACGUCUUAGUUGGUGCUUAUCUUGGCGAGAGCCGAGUUCAAAUCAGCAUGAAGUUUUAACAUCUACUCUCGUGUAAUGGAAAUCAUUACAGUACUACUAAAAUAAAGUUGUUUUCAGUUUGCAUGAGUGACAAAUUAUAUUAAACACCAUGGUUUUAAAAGAACGUCGUUAAAAAAAAACUCAUUUAGUCAAGAGAAAAAGCUACAGUAAUUUGUGUUUUAUUAAUUUUGUACCUGGUUACAGCAGCAGCAGCAGGGCUAAUGUGAGUUUCUAACACUUCUCAAACUCCUGGCUCCUGAUCAUUUCAAUAUUAAUUAUAACAGACUUCAUGGAGGGGAGCUCUGAACCCUAGUGCUAGUGUCAGUUUGUAACCCUGGGUGUUGUUGAUGCUGCUGUUGUGUGGUUUUUCAUUGUGUUUUUAUUUCUGUUUUCAGGCUGUAAGCUCCACAAGGACAAGCCUCUGCGGAUCGAUCUGAUUCUGCAUCCUGACUCUCAUCCCGGCUGCCACAGAGUGGAAAGAAGGGGAAAGAUUGGCCUGAGGAGAAAGUGAAAAAAAGGAGUAUGCAGGUUACCAGCCAGACAGCGAGCCAGUGAGAGAAGGAGGAGGGAGGGAGAAGAGAGAGGAGGGAGGUCUCUCUGAACACCAGCAGAGCAAAGAUUCUGAGGGAGAAAGGCACAAGAUUUGAGAGGAGAGAGAAGGAGGGAGAGGAUGGAGAACUAGAAACAGUACACCUGUAACCGCUGCAUAUAUGUAAAUAUACAGAGAUAGAUAUAAGUAAAUCACAAUUAUGAUUGACCAACUUUAUUUUUUCUGUGCUACACACAGAUAGUGAGAUAGAAAGCGAGACGGUGCUGUUGAGUCUGACUGCAGGAGUCUCCUGUUCUCUCCAGUGGGCUGGCUGGCUGUCCGGAGCUGUGAUGGGCGAGUGGACGAUUCUUGAGAGGCUCCUGGAAGCUGCCGUCCAGCAGCACUCCACGAUGAUUGGCCGGAUCCUGCUGACGGUGGUGGUGAUUUUCCGGAUCCUGAUCGUGGCGAUCGUGGGUGAGACGGUGUAUGAGGAUGAGCAGGCCAUGUUCUCCUGCAACACGCUGCAGCCGGGUUGCAACCAGGCCUGCUACGACAAAGCCUUCCCCAUCUCGCACAUCCGCUACUGGGUCUUCCAGAUCAUCCUGGUGUGCACGCCCAGCCUCUGCUUCAUCACCUACUCCGUGCACCAGGCCGCCAAGCAGAGGGAGCGCCGCUGCUCCUUCCUGUACCCCCUUCUCGAGAGGGACUUCGGGGGCAGGGCCGGGGAGAGGAAACUCCGCAGGGUCAUCAACGGGAUCCUGGUCCAAAACCCAGACGGGUGCGGUAAAGAGGAACCGGACUGUCUGGAGGUGAAGGAGAUCCCGAACAGUCCCACUCGGGGCGUCAACAACAGCAUUAAGAGCUCCCAGUCCAAGAGCCGUCGGCAGGAGGGGAUCUCCCGCUUCUACGUGAUCCAGGUGGUGUUCCGGAACGCGCUGGAGAUCGGCUUCCUGGCCGGGCAGUACUUCCUGUACGGGUUCAGCGUGCCGGGGAGGGUGGCGUGCGACCGCUACCCCUGUGUGAAGGAGGUGGAGUGCUACGUGUCGCGCCCCACGGAGAAGACGGUGUUCCUGGUGUUCAUGUUCGCUGUGAGCGGGGUCUGCGUGCUGCUCAACCUCGCCGAGCUCAACCACCUGGGCUGGAGGAAGGUGAGGACGGCCAUGCGGGGAGCGCAGGCGCGCAGAAAGAGUGCGUGCGAGGGGGGGGUGCGAGGAAGAGGGGGCAAGAAAGAUCCGGCCCCCCCGCCCCCCCCAGCCGCGCACAACCUGGGCAGGACGCAGUCCAGCGAGUCUGCGUACGUGUGACAACGGGGCGUCUCUGGUGUCGUCCCCCCACCAGCAUCCUGACUCUUAUUAUGAACGGGUUUUGAUUUCCUGACUCUACAAGACUUUACAGUAAAUGUGACUUUUAAAAAAAAAAAAAAUUUAAAAUGAUAUUGUUUUCUUUGUUGCUUUGUUGGAUCUUACAGGAGAUGUUUGAUUUUCUAUAUCAUCCCCCCCCCCCC